GUCUGCAGACCGCUGGGCAUUCAUGUGAUCAAAAUACUGAGCAAGAUGCCGAAGGAUCGGAACCACAAAGGGAAGCCGGGCCCAGCGGUGUAAGCGUCCACAAUCCGGACCAGAACGUUCGAGCUACAAGUCACGAUUGCGAGGGUCCGAGAUGCCUCUGUCACAGGUACGAAAACGGGGAACUAGCAGUUGUCGUGAUGAAUCAAAAUCGCAACGCCUCUAACCAGGAAAGAGACGACGCCUAUCAGAACGUGGGUCGCGGAAAUCGAAGCUUCCAAAAUCGUCAAAAUGGUAAUCAAAAUCACCCGAAUCUCAAUCCAAACUACCAGAAUCCAGUCGACCUCAUUCGAAAUUACCAAAGGUAUAGGCAGCAGCAGGAACCCGAGGAGAAUAUUUACGAAAGACUUGAUAAUGACGACGAAAAUGACGAUGUCGAAGUCUUGCGAAACGAGAAUCUGGCUAGUCUUCAAAAUUCCUCGGAUAAUCACACUUACGAGAGAAUUGACGACAGAUCAGUGUAUCGUGCGGGACCCCAAAAUCGAAAUAAUCUCCCCAUAGCCAACAACCUGCCGGGACCCAAUGUCCUCAACGAAAUCGAAGCCAGAAACUUUAGCCACUACGAUCAGCCGAGAAAUUUGUAUCUAGAAUCGGCUCGAACUCUAAGAAGCCAGUUCUGUCCGUAUCAACUGGGAAGACUUGCUCGGAACUGCUUCUCGACUGAAAAUAUAACCUACGCUUCUUACAGAAGAUAUGUCUACCAAGUAGGCCGCAACUGCUCAUGUCCCGUCUGUCGACAUCUUUGCCAUCAGUGUUUCAAUAUGCACGAUAGGUUGCGCUACCAGGAUCCAGGCAACUCUGCUACUUUAGGAAGUUCUAGAAACUACAUUUACCAGGUUGCCAGAAGCUGCAAAUGUACAUUCUGCAGAGGCGAGUUCCCCUAUUCUAGAUUCCCGAUAAACUCAAAUCGCCUCGUUGAGUCUCUUCGCAGAGAGUGUGAGUGCCGAGAUCCUGGAAAUUGCCCGCGAUGUCUUUCAUCAAACUCUGCGAUUUACAUUGGCAGAUUUGAUCAAUCGGUGAAUAAUCCGAUUUAUGGCAAUCCUACGAUUUAUAUUGGCAGGGCCGAGAGAUCUUGUGCAUCAGGAUUAAAUAGCUUGGCUUCGGGGGGAGUGUCUGCUAAUGCCGAUAGCGCUUCUGCUUCUGCUUCUACUUCUGGUUCUAAUUCUACUUCUAGUUCCAAUCCCGUAGCGGUUAGUUCUGCAUCGAACGAGUCAACUUCGUCUAGUGCAAGAGCCACUGCCAGUCAAAAUGUACCCUCGUCGUCUGCCGCCUCUGUUUAUCCCGUGAAUAAUGCUGUCAAUCGACAUCAUAUAUGUGAUGAUUCUUGUAUCAGGAAUCAGGGGAAUCUAAACUCAGGGGUUUGCCAAUUUUUGGAACGCUGUGAAAGAGCUGAAUGCCAGCAUGCAGGGAGGCUCUCGCUUCAUUGGUGGUUUGUUAAUAAGUGGCUGCCUUCGUGGGUCACGCAAAAUGCAGAUAGAAAUAGUGAGAGAAAUGUAGAGUCUAAUCCCAAGAUUGAGGAACCGCCUGAGCAACCAGAUAGUGAUAGCGAAGACCCGUAAGUUUCCGUUUGAGGCGGGUAGCUCUUUGUUAUUAUAAUUAAAGACCACGUGGGAAAAGACGAUAAUUAGGUUUAGAUAUUUUGGAGUUGCGUGAAUCUUUCGAAAAUUCUAUUUUCCCUAAUAUUUAUUUUACCGAAAAUCGUGCAACUGAAUCAUUAUUUAGCAUAGUUUUGUUUGACUGAAUUGCCAUUUGAAGAGCUAGAUAACGAACAUUUUUUUUAUCUAAAAUGGGUUUUUUUGCAUGCAAAAUCCUUGAAAAAUCAAAUACACGUUGCGGUUUUAGUAUAUUUUCGAAAUAUAAUUAUUUAUAUUAAUUAAUUAUUUAAUUAUAAAUAUAAUAAUAUCCAAGGAGAUUUAUUAAAAUGAAGGCCCCUUUUGGCACGCGGUUUCAAUAAAAAAAUGUAAUAACAUUUUAGUUCAAAUAUUAACGUAGUAAUAAUUUUUUUUUAACUUUUGCAUUGAUAUUUCUUGAAAUUAUCAUAAUUUAAUUUUUUUUAAAUGUUUUAUUUCGAUUUUUUAGCAAAAAAUAAUUUGCGUCAUACUGUGAUUUUUGAAUCUUUCAUUUCCAUUUUCUCGGAACAGAAUAAUUUUUUUGGAUCAAACCUUAUUUAUUGCCAUUCAUCAUCCCCAAUGACUCGGGAUAAAUCUUCCAUGUCCGAAGAUAAUAAAAAAAUUUAAGGCUUAUUCUUAAAAUCUUUAACAUUUUUAUCCGAAAAUUUCCGCUAGAUACUCUCGGAAUUGUGUAACUUUUUUACACACGCGCGCGCGCGCGUUUAACUUGACUUUUGAGUAAUUUAUCUUAAGUUACCAUAUUUACCUGUAAAGAUUUCAUAAACGACCGAAAAGUUCCAUGAAUUUACGCAAAUUUAGACAUUUUUAAAUUUAAUUUUGGGUAACUCAUGGUAAGUUACCAUAAAUUACGUGUAAUAUUACC